CCUUGCGCGGCGCGCACCAUGGCGGCGCCGAUGCUGAGCGCGGCCCUGUGCGGCGUCCGGGCCGCGCGGCCCUUCGGCACCGCCGCUGCGCUCUGUAAACGUGCGGCCCCGCUGGGGCCGAUGCCCAACGAGGAUAUCGACGUCAGCAACUUGCAAGCGCUGGAAAAAUACCGCAGUUUCGGUCGUUACUUCAGGCUGGCAGAGAAGGAGAGCAGGAAGCCCCGCUGGUGGAAGACGUACCGGCAGCACACCAGCCCCCAGCCAGAGCCAAAGACUGACAUCAGCCUGCCACAGGAGAAGCUGUCCCGGGCAAAGGAGAUCGCGGAGAGAAAGAAGAUCCUGAGGGAGAACCACCAGAAUGCUGAGAUGGAGAGAGCAGCCCGGCUCCGGACUGCACUGAUUCCCCUCGAGGAAGUCCGAGCUGAGUGGGAGCAGACGAGCGGCCCGUACCACAAGCAGCGCGUGGCGGAGCAUUGCGGGGUGUUCCGGGACCUCUUCAAGGGGGCCACCUUCACCCCCUGGGUGCCCCUGAGCGUGGAAUACAGCCAAGAAGAUGAACACAUCGUGCCUGUCUACUAUGGGAACAUAGUAACUCCAUCAGAGGCUUCCAGUCCCCCUGCAGUGUCAUACAAGGCAGAGAAAGCCUCCCUCUGGACUCUGCUGCUCACAAAUCCAGAUGGACAUUUGAGAGACACAGACUCGGAGUACCUGCACUGGCUGGUGACAAACAUCCCAGGCAAUGACAUCAAGUCUGGGAAAGAGAUCUGCCACUACCUGCCCCCCUUCCCUGCCAUGGGAACUGGCUACCACCGCUUCAUCUUCCUCCUCUUCAAGCAAGACCGCCCCAUCGAUUUCAGUGCCGAUGUUCGCCCGCUGCCAUGCCACAGCCUCAAGCUGAGAACCUUCAGCACCUUUGACUUCUACAGGAAGCACGAGGAUGCCAUGACCCCAGCUGGGCUGGCGUUUUUCCAGAGCCAGUGGGACAGCUCUGUUACCUGGGUGUUCCAUCAGGUCCUCAACAUGAGGGAGCCCGUGUUUGAGUUCGUGCGGCCGCCUGUUUACCACCCUCCACAGCUGAAGUUCCCUCGCCACCAGCCCCUGAGGUACCUGGACAGAUACCGAGACACCCAGGAGCCCACCUAUGGCAUUUACUAGAGGCACAGCCUCCUCUCCAGGUGCCAUGCAGCUCCAUGGCCCUGCCACACAUACCUGUGCCUCUGGAGGGAAGUGACAAAGGCUCAGCCCUGGGCUCCCCAGCCCCCUGUGCUGGGCAGCUGAGGGCCUUCAGUGCUGCCAGAUGGAUGCUCAAAGGCUGCUUAAAGAGGACGUUUGUAGAUGAAAGUAAAUCUAUAGCCAGGCUGAAAUCUUGCUGCUGAUUCUGGAGCAGAGUGAUGGGUAAGGGUGAGUGUGUGGAGUGCCCCUGGAGAUGCUUCUCUGUAAGGAUCACAGGUCUCCUUUUGCCUCUGUAUGGAACAAACAGAGCCAGGCCAGUCUGGAUUUCUUCCUCUUGCAGUGCUGCUGUUCAGGACUGCAUCAGCUUUCAUUUGUGCAGCCCUCCUAAAGAGAUGAGUCCAAUUAAACAUUCUGACAGUGCUGA